UCCUGCGCAGCUGGCAACAUUGUGGGAGGGCGGGGCGAGUCGCUGCUCGGGAGCAUAGCGGAAGAAAAUGGCGGCCGUGGCUGCAGAGCCAGGAGCUGCGGCGGUUCCGACAACAACAUCAACCGCGGCGACGGACGACGAGGGCCCGCCAGAACCAGGCCCGGGCGGUCCGGAACUCCCAGGAGCCCCGCUGGAGUCCAACGGGUCCUUUGAGUCCGGCCCGGUUGUGGAGCUGGUCGUCCCCCGGCUGGAGGAUGGUGGGGACGGGGAGGAGCGCCGCCAUGUCAGGCCAGAGCCGGAGCCCGCGGCGGGAAAAGCUCUCUGUGAAAACGUCGUAACCGACGAACUAAUCAACAACUUCCCGGUGGACCGGAUCAGUAUGGACCGGUUCUCCCCCGGACUACCGGGAGAUCCAGAGGGCGGCGGGAACGUGUCGGUGCAAGCAGCGUACCGCAGCAUCCUGCCAGACCCACAGCCCUCCGCCGUCUUCCUGCACUCCUUCCCGGCUCCGCCGCCCGUCACCGAGGCCGGCCUCUCUCUGGUCGAACCGGCGGAACCGACCACCAACGUGACGACGGACCGGGCCGAGACAGCGGGCCGAGAACGGGGAUACACAGUUGUGGUCCAACCGGAGUUGAGGCCCGGGCCCGCGGAGGACGCCAUGUUGGACGGUAAGGCGGACCGGCUGUCGGUCCCAGUCAGUCUGGACAGCCUGGACCCGGAGAUCGGGUACGGUAAAAACUCAGCGGGGACCGAGGAGCCGGCGGGCCCCGGCCUGCGGGACUUGUCCCCAUCCUGUCGGUCCCCGAAAAGGCGGCUGAUGACGGACACCGUGAAACAGGAGGACUCCUCCCGGCCCGAACCCGGACCUGGAACCGGUGUCGAUGCUCCCUCGCUCGCCUCCUUUCAGGAUCUGAGUCCCGGGUCCGAGGUCCUGGUCUCCCUGGACCACGUCAUCGAUGACGCGCUUGUGGUGUCCUUCCGGCUGGGGGAGAAGGUUUUCUCCGGGGUGCUAAUGGACGUUUCCAAAAGGUUUGGACCGUACGGUAUUCCCAUCACGGUGUUUCCAAGACGGGAUGAUCGGAGUCGACCUCAGAUGUCUCUACAGUCAGAGCCUGUUACCAUUGACGACCCGUCCACCAAACAGGAGGAAGUCACCGUCAGCCCCCCGCCCCCUCAACCUUGGACCUCCAAACCGCCACCGCUGUUCCAGGAGGGGGCACCGUACCCCCCUCCUCUGUUCAUCAGGGACACCUACAACCAGGCCUUACCUCAGCCACCGCCACGCAAGAUCAAACGGCCAAAGCGGCGCUAUCGCUGCGAGGAGCCAACCUCCAUCAUGAACGCCAUCAAGCUCCGUCCCCGCCAGGUGCUCUGUGACAAGUGCAAAGGUGUGGUGGCAUCAGGUGGUCACAGGGAGGCACGGCGGGGCCCGGUGGAUCUGAGGGGCGAGGAGGCGUCUCGGCGGCGGAGGCCGGCUGAGGCACCGAUCUCCUCUGAGGUCAAACGGCUGAGGAGCGACGACAAGGGAGGACGAACUGCCGCCGACAGACGGUCGUCAUCAGGGAUCUGUGUGUCAUCUUCAUCAUCAUCUUCCUCUCGCCGUGUCCUGAGGGGCGUGGCUUCAUCUUCAUCCUCGUCAUCAUCCUCGUCCAGCCGCAUGCGUCUGAAGCUGAACUCUAAGAAGGGUCUGGCCAAAAGUUCUGCUGGCGAUCACUCCAAAGCGCGUCAGGUUCUCAAGAAGCUGGCAAGGAGCUCGCAGCCACCGCCGCAUCGUCGGCCCAAAGACCACAACCAGAGCCAGAACCAGAGUCAGAUCCAGAGCCAGGAUCGCACCAAGGCUGUAACCCGAGCUGCUGCCCUGCAGAACCACAGCCAGAAGGUCCACUUCACACGCCGCCUGCAGCACCUCACUGGCGCGACCGUCAGCUCGAGCUCCCACACGGCGCUGCCACCCAGAAUGCGCCUCAAACCCCAAAGGUAUCGUACUGACGACAGCCAGGCAUCCUCCUCCUCCCCCCUGCCCAAACAGAGCGCUCGCUCAUCACCCCCCAAACCUGCUUUAAGCCCCGUCACCACAUCGGACCCGCUUCAGCCCUCAGCCCCACCACCUCCCGUAACCACAGCGUCUCCCCCAGUAGCCUCUCCCUCCUCUUGUGCAAUCAGUGUUGUCGUGGAAAUGCAGGAGGUCCACCCUGUGGUGGAGGAGGGGACAGAUCAGGGAGGGGGAGGAGGUGAGGGGCAGGUAGUGGAGCCUCCUACCUCGUCCUCCUCUUCCUCCUCCUCCCUGGAUUCGUCCCACUCAGAGUGCAGCUCCACAGAGACCUUUGACCCCCCGCCCCCCGGAGAUCUGCCCUCCUUCUCCUCUCCCCCUGCUCCCGCUCCCCCUUCCUCCUCCUCGUUAGCGCCUCGGUGCCCUCCCUCUUCCUCUCCUGUCACCCCUCCCUCCAGAGCCGACAGUGAGGAGAGACAGGCUGGCGGUGAGGAGGAGGAGGAGGACGGAGUUGAACUGAAGAGGCGCCGCAAGUCUUCCACAUCCUCCUCCUCCUCCUCGUCUUCGUCGUCUUCCUCUGUCUUCUCCAAAUCGGUGUCCAAGUGUUCGCUCCCUGACGGUCGGACAGUAUGCGUCGGCGACAUUGUCUGGGCGAAGAUCUAUGGUUUCCCCUGGUGGCCGGCUCGGGUGCUCGGCAUCACGGUGGCACGGCGUGGUGACACGGGGCUGGCAGUGCGACAGGAGGCGAGAGUCUCCUGGUUUGGCUCCCCCACCACCUCCUUCCUGCCACUGGCCCAGCUGUCGCCCUUCCUGGAGACCUUCCAAUCUCGCUUCGACAGGAAGAGGAAGGGCCCAUACCGCCGUGCAAUCGCCGAGGCCGCCAGCGCCGCCAAACAACUAACGCCUGAAGUCCGAGCGCUGCUCACGCAGUUCGAGACGUAGCAUCCGCUACUGUUAGCAACCUCCCCCCACUCCCCUCCCAUAUCACUGCCCUGUCCCCUCUAUAUAGUGGAGGGGGCUUGUCCCCGCCCCCUCUCAGACAGAAUCCUGUUUUUUUGAGACUGACGCAGACAGAUAGACGAUGUUUUUUUUUCUGCCCUUCCUGUUUGGGGGGAGGGGGUGGAGCUUCUGGGUUACCUGUCAGUGUUUGGGGGGGGGGGGCUGGCUUAUCUCUGUGGUCUCCUCCCUGUGAUCACGGAGGGCCUCAGUUCCUGCAGGUAUGAGGUGUCAGUCAGCGGCAGCGUUUCCACUUGCCACAGAGUCACAGCGUCAUCUUUGUUUGGUUUAUUAAAGAAUUACGCAUCAUCCUUGUAAACGAAAAUAACUGAUGAUGUCACAGUGAUAGUGAUGUCACAGCGAUGUCAUCAGUCUGUUAGAAAAUGGAGGUGUGAAGUAUACCAGGCAGGGAGGCUCUAAUGAAAGACACAGACCAGGUGCAAUGUGGGAAAUGUAGGAUUUCUGGGCUAAAGGUCAGGAGUUCUUCAACCGGUUUGCUGUUAAUCUGUUUCACAUGAGAAAACUAAAUCACUGGAGAACUGCAAUGACGAAUUCAGCAUGGUGACAACUACAUCACAGUGUCACACAUUUACAUCAAUAAUCAUAAAUCAGCAAAAGAGAAUCGAUGAUGUAAAAUAAACACUAAUUAAAGAUCCAAAUGGCAGAGCUAAGCUAACAGUUGCUAAGCUAGGCUUGGCUGUACUGGAAACAGAGUUGAUCGAUUUGAUUAAAUUAUUGAUGUCUGACCCUUUUUUUUCUCGUUCCCGAAUCACAGAUUUUUCUCGUCAACUACGUUUUGAUUCAAAACUCUUGUUUUCGUACAACACAUUUUUGUGUUGAAUGGUUCAGUCAGACUUUUUUGCCCCUCGUUGGUCCAGCAAUGGCAGUGUGAAACGCUGACACGCUGCUGUGCCACUUCCUGUUUAGAGUUUCCCCGGGGUUCUGCUGCAGAACGUCCAGACUGAAAACUUUUUUUUUCCUUUUUAAAGAAGCUUCGUUUCCGUUCACAAAGAUAUCAAGAUAAAAACUGUGAAACACAAAUAAUUGUUGAAACUGAGGCUGGAGGUCCCCAACAGUGUCCUGAGCUGAGUCAGAGCGGUCCGGACUGUCGCAGGUUUUUAGUUUCAACGCGUGAUCUGAAUCUUCAGACUUUAAUGUUUGAUCUGAUUGAUAUAAACCUAUUGAUAAGUGAUCAGUACAGCCGCUGUGAUGUCGCUGUGUUCUCAUAUUGGUUCAUAUACUGAACAAUCUCCCACAAUCCAACAGGAACACGGGAAAGUUGUCAUGGUAACAGUGCUCCUACGGAAAUGAUACAAACUGGACUGAAACUCAAAGAAGGCCUACAUCAGAUCAUGUCCCCUUAGUCCUGCAUCAGAUCGAGUCCUGUAGUCCUGCAUCAGAUCAUGUCCCCGUAGCAUUGCAUCACAUCAAGUUCUGUAGUCCUAGAUCGGAUCACGUCCCCGUAGUCCUGCAUAAAAUCAUGUCCCUGUAGUCCUGUAUCAGAAUGUACCAGUAGUUUUAUAUCAUAUCCGGUCCUGUAAAUCUGUAUCAGAUCCUGUCCCCGUAGUUUGGUAACAUAUCACUUCCUGUAGACCUGCAUCAGACCAUGUCCCCAUAGUCCUGUAUAGGAAGCUGAAUUUCUGACGACAAAACCAGAUUCAUUGGAGGUUUUGAUCCAUGUUUUCAGACCCGUAUCCUGAAACAUUUCUGGAAUCAUGAGUGUCGUACAGAGCUGUUCAUGUUUGAUCAAACAGACUCUCUGAUCACUUAUCAAACUUAUUGAUCAUCACAGCUUGCCUGUUACCUCCUCAGGGUGUUUUCAUUGAUUAGAAAUAAUUCUGCUGCUGCCUGACUCUGUUGAUUUAAAGACUUUUGAUUUGAAGCUCAGAGGUGUUUUAUGGAGACGACAUUGCUGAUGUCUCACCCACUCUGUGUUUUAGACCCCGAGCCUCAGUUUAUCAACAGACAGACGGACAGGUAGGACAGGCAGGACAGGUAGGACACACUGACUGUUAGACAGGACAGCCGCUCUGCCCUCUGAUGAUGAUGAUAAUGAUGAUGACGAACAUGGAUUUUCCCUCUCUGCUAUUUGUAGUUCCAGCUGUCAGACUCUAUUUACCGUCUGUUUGCAGAUCAGAGAUUCUGAACUAAAAACUGUUUGGACAAUAUAACGGAAACACAUACAAAAAUAAUUCAAAUAAAAGAUAAAAGAGAAUCCGUCUGAGAGUCGACCUGUGUACAUGUUUUUCUGAUGUUUUAAAUCUAUUAAUAAACUGUCAAACUUC